AUGGAUAAAUUAAAAAAGAUAACACCUCCAAAAAAGGAAAUGAAAAAUAUUCAAAAUUUUUAUUCAAAUUUGGCAAACCGAAAAAAUGAUGGGAAAAUACUCUAUUUUUUAAAAGGACAAACGUUUAAUUUAGAUUAUUUAAUUAAAUUAUCUUCUUAUGGUGGAAAACCCGAAGAGAGUUUAGCUGAGAAAUUCUAUAAAUUUAUGAAGAAACGGGAGCUUAGUUUUGAUGAACAAAUUGAAAAGUUCAUUGAUAAGGUAAAGAGGGAAGAUGAGGAGGAUGAAGGGGAGGAGGAGAAUGAAGGGAAGAAGGAGAAAAAGAAGGAGAAGGAGGAAGAGAAUGAAGGGAAGAAUGAAGUGAGGGAAGUGGAAGAAGUGCAGGAGGAAGAGGAUGAAGAGAGGAAGAAGAAGGUAGAAAAUGAAGGGAAGAAGACAGGAAAGAAUGAAGUGAAAGUUGUGGAAGAAGAAGAAGAGCAGGAGGAAGAGAUAAAGGAAGAGGAUCAAGAGGACGAUGAAGAGGAUGAAGAAAUCGAGGAUCAAGGGGAAGAGAAUGACAAGAAUGAAGAUGAGGAUGAUGAUGAGGAGGAAGAGGAUGACGUAAAGGAAGAGAGUGAAGAAGAACAACAAGAGGAGGAUUUAUCAUAUCCCUAUACAAUCCAAGAACUUGAACUAAAAAAUGACUGUUUAAUAAUGCUCUAUAAAGAAAAAUAUAUAAUCAAAAAAUUAAUUUUUGAAGAGUUUAUAAAGAAAGGAACUGUGGAUUUUACUAAAAUGUUUGGGAAAAAGAAGACUGGUGGCAGGCCUAAGCUUAUUCGUGCUAAAUCGGUUGAAAUUCCAAUGAAGAAAAAUGAACCAGAAAAUGAACGACAGAAUAGUGUGUCUUAUGUAAUUUUUAAAUCUGCUGCAACUCUCAAAUCACGCUUUUCUAGCUUUCUUCCUUUCAACUAA